AUGGAAGGCAACCCCGCGGAGCACGAUGAGAUUGUGUCUCAGUUCUGUGCUAUGACUGGAACUCAACCUUCUGAGGCCCAGGAAUAUCUUGCUGCCAGUGGGUAUGACAUUGAAGCUGCUGUGACGGAGUUCUUUACAGAGCAAGAUGAGGCCAUGCAGGACACACAUGCCGGUGAUGAGGGACAGGCGGAUACUACGAGCGCCGCUGGAGCUCCUUCUGGAGGCCGCACCCUUGGAGGAGAUGCGGUACCUGCUUCAUCUUCCGCGGCGCCUGAAGCUUCCUCUUCCGCUCGAGGAGCUGCGCCGAGAAAGAAGUUUGCGACUCUAGGUGACUUUUCUCAGGGAGGUGCCGGGGGAGGCGACUCUUCUGAUGGUGAUGACAGCGAUGAUCACGAUUUCUUCACGGGUGGUGAGAAAUCCGGACUGGCUGUACAGAACCCGGAUGAUCUGAAGCGGAAGAUCCUCGAAAAAGCCCGCAGAGCUCAACCUCCUCCCUCUGAAGACCCAGAGCCCCGACCUUCACAUUUCACCGGAACUGCCCGCACCCUUGGCGGCGACGAGGCGCCCAGUCGUGUCAUCGAAAACCCCUCUGCCCCUACCCCACAGCGCGCCCAACGUGUACAACGGGUCCUUCACUUUUGGGCUGAUGGAUUCUCGGUGGACGACGGUGAACUGUUCCGCUCGGACGACCCGCGGAAUGCGGAUAUCCUCGACGGGAUCCGCCAAGGCCGUGCGCCUCUUUCCAUUAUGAAUGUACAGCCUGGCCAGGAGGUUGACGUCGAGCUGAAACAACACGAGGAGAAGUACACCAAGCCCAAGAUCCAGUAUAAGCCGUUCUCGGGGUCUGGACAGCGUCUUGGAAGUCCGACGCCUGGUGUCAGAAGCGAGGCCCCUACACCUUCAUCGUCCACAUCUGCGCCCUCCGCGGAAGAAGCAGCCAAACCCACCGUGGAUGAGUCGCAGCCUACAGUUACCCUACAGAUUCGCCUGGGAGACGGUACACGAUUGACGUCUCGCUUCAACACCACGGCUACUAUUGGCGACGUCUACUCUUUUGUCACUGCUGCCUCUCCCGGUUCCUCAGCCCGCGCGUGGGUUUUGAUGACCACUUUCCCCAGCACAGAACUUAAGGAUAAGGCAGCUGUCCUUGGCGACUUGCCUGACUUCAAGCGUGGAGGUGUUGUGGUUCAGAAAUGGCAGUGA